AUGAGGGACGCGGCAGAAGCGGGAGGCGGCAGAGACCAAAGCAAAUCCGAGAAGGACCAGAGCUGGAUCCCCAAAAUCUUCAAAAAGAGAGUUUGCUCCACAUUUGUUGAGGAUUCCUUCAGUAAUGGAAACUUGUGUCAGUGCGGAGGCGUGAGAGAGGACCAUGCGUCUGUGGCUCUGGGAGACUUCUUCAGCACAGCCAUCGUGAACCACUGGGACAGCGCCCAGCAUUCGUCAGAGUCCCCCACAGACGCCUUCGGAGAGUUGCAGUUUACUGGAGCCAGUAGAAGGCAGAGCUAUUUCCUGCGGCUGUCAUGGGACACUUCCCCAGAGAUGGUGUACACACUGAUGACGGUCAACUGGAACCUGCCGGCCCCAAACCUGGUGGUGUCUGUGGUUGGUGGAGAGGGCCGCGCCAAGGUGAAGACCUGGGUCCGAGAGGUCAUCCGACAGGGGCUGGUGAAGGCGUCACAAAGCACAGGAGCCUGGAUCAUUACGUCUGGUCUGCGUGAGGGCAUCGGCCGCUGUGUGGGUGAGGCGGUGCGGGAUCACGCCACCGCAGCCUCCUCCGUCACCACCAACAAAGUGGUGGCUCUGGGCAUCGCGCCCUGGGGACUUGUUUACAACAGAGAACAACUUGUCAACCCUCAGGGCAGUUUUCCAGCCAAGUAUUACGUCCGAUGCUCGACACCGAACUCCUCUUGCCUGGACAACAACUACCAGGCCUUCCUGCUGGUGGAUGAUGGGAGUGUGGGACGUCCAGGAGGAGAAACAGGCUUCAGGGCAAAACUGGAAGACUACAUCUCUCACCAGCGCACUGGAAUCUGGGGGAGUGGGAGCAUUGAUAUUCCAGUUUUAUGUAUGCUGGUGUCGGGCGGGGCAAACAUGCUGGAGAGAAUCAAUCAGAGUCUGAAAAACUCCAUGCCGUGGUUGGUGCUGGCCGGCUCUGGGGGUGUGGCGGACUUCCUGAGCGACGUGCUGGAGCACCUGUCCCCGGUGGUCCAGUCCUCUGAUGGGGACAGCGACAUUGGCCCCAGCGUGGAUUUGAAGGAACGCAUGACUGAGAGAGUGAAGAAGUUUUUUCCCCCCGAGGCCGAUACAGACAAACUGGUGGAGCAGGCAUUAAACAUCUAUAAUAACAGAGGGUUCAUUACUAUAUACCACGGAGAACAAGAAGGUCCAAACGAUUUUGACACCGUGCUGCUCAAAGCUUUGGUUGGAGCAAGUAAACAGCGAGAGUCUGUGGAUGACAGUCCUAUCGAGGAGCUGAAGUUGGCAGUCACAUGGAACAGGGUCGACAUUGCCAAGAGUGAACUCUUCAAUGGAGACAUUCAGUGGAAGUACAAAGACCUGAAGGAAUCUAUGACCGAUGCCCUAAUCAACAACAAGCCCAAGUUUGUCCGCCUCUUCACUGAGAACGGUUUGAGUAUCCUGGAUUAUCUCACAUACGAUCGGCUGGAGACGCUGUACCGCUCCGUGGCAGAAGGCACUCUUCUGUAUCAGUUGCUGCAGCGCCGCCUACAGGAGCGCCAAGGAACUACAGCCAAUGCUCCAGUAGCUUCAAACGCUCCCUCAUCUCCCACUUUCGGCACCGAGAAACGCCCCACUGGUCCGGAACUGGACAUUACUCUCUUUGAGGUUUCAGGCGUGAUAGAACUGUUGAUGGGAGAUGUAUGCCAACCAUUUUACUUUGAAGCUGUGGGUUUAGAGCAAAACGCAUCCAGACGGCAAUCACUGAAGCGCGUGAGCAAGAUUCUGGCUGGAGAGUGUUUGUAUCGUGCAAAACGCUGCUUGGCUCCAUGGGCUUCUCUCUUCAUCUGGGCCGUGCUGCAGAAUCGUCACGAGAUGGCCACGUUGUUCUGGGAGCUGGCUGGAGAGUCUGUGCUCAGUGCUCUCAGCGGCUGUAAGAUUUUGAGAGAAUUGUCGAAACUGGAGACUGAAACUGAAACUAAACAAUCUAUGAAAGAACUUGCACAGAAGUUUGAAAACCUUGCACAUGACGUCUUCAGCUCCUGUUACCGCAGCAGUGAGAGCCGCUCGUUUACUCUCCUCAUUAGAAAAUCUUCGGUUUGGGGCGGGGCCACCUGUCUGCAGAUGGCCAUGGGUGCGGAUGCCCGGCUUUUCUUUAGCCACGACGGAGUGCAGUCGCUGCUGUCUCAGAUCUGGUGGGGCGACAUGAUGCGGGACACGCCGGUGUGGAAGCUGCUGCUCACGUUCUUCUGCCCCGUGCUCUGCUACACCAAGCUCAUCUCCUUCAGAGACCACGACGAGCAACAACAAGAGGACGAUAAAAACCUACAAGAGGAUUGUCCUUAUCGAGAUAACGAAAGCCUCUACGGCGCCACAGUCUUUUCCUUCUCUGACAUCAAACACAUUGAUGCUGAUUCCCAAGACCCAGUCCCUCUCAGAAACAUUAUUAAAGGGACUCCUCAUCGCUACAGACCCCCAAAGAGGCCCUUCCUGGUGUCGCGGUGGCGUCAGUUCUGGUUUGCACCCGUCACUUCAUUUUUGGGCAAUGUGCUGAUGUACUUCCUGUUCCUGCUGCUUUACGCCUACGUGCUACUGGUGGAUUUCAAGCACCCGCCUCCUGCUGGUCCUGCCAUCACUGAGUAUGUCCUGUACUUCUGGGUCUUCACCAUGGUGUGUGAGGAGAUCAGAGAGACUUUCUUUGGGGGAGCUGUGUUGACACAAAGGCUCAGAGUGUACAUUCAGGAUGUGUGGAACAAAUGUGACCUCACUGCUAUCACUCUGUUCAUCAUUGGGCUCAUCUGCAGGAUGUUUCCCUUGACUUACGGCUUCGGGCGCGACGUCCUUUGUAUCAACUACAUGGUAUUCACCCUGCGGCUCAUUCACAUCUUCGCGGUUCACAAGCAGCUUGGACCAAAAAUCAUCAUAGUCGGAAAAAUGAUGAAAGAUGUCUUCUUCUUCCUCUUCUUCCUCGGCGUGUGGCUCGUGGCGUACGGCGUUGCCAACCAGGCUUUGAUCUACGACUACGACCCGCGCCUGGACCGCAUCUUUCGCAGAGUUUUUUACAGACCGUAUUUGCACAUUUUUGGACAGAUCCCGGUGGAGGAGAUGGACGUCUUCGCCAAAGUCUGGGACAUACCGUGCACAGAUAACGUGACCCUGAUAAAUGACGGAGCAGAGCCGUGUCGGGUCCUCCACAGUAACUGGCUGGUGGUCAUUUUACUGGUGGUGUAUCUGUUGGUGACUAACAUCCUGCUCAUCAAUCUGCUGAUCGCCAUGUUCAGUUACACCUUCAACGAGGUACAGGCCAACAGCGACAUCUACUGGAAGUUUCAGCGCUACAACCUGAUCGUUGAGUAUCAUUCCAGACCUUCCCUGGCUCCUCCCUUCAUCAUCCUUUCACACAUCAACCUUUUUAUCCGAAGAAAAAUCCGCAAAGUUCCCUCUGUCAAGGUUUACCACUUUGUUUUGGAAUUAAGAGGAAAAGCGGCGAAUCGACUGAUGACCUGGGAAACGAUACAGAAGGAAGAGUUCCUCACGGCACAGAGCAAGAUUAAGAAAAGCAGUGACUCUACGCGCCUCAAGAGGAUGGCUGUCAAAGUGGAUAACGUGGUUAAGCACUUGACUGAAACCCGAGACGUAGACAUGAGGCUUAGAGCUUUAGAGACUGAGAUGGAGUACUGCUCCAACGCACUGAGCUGGAUUGUAGAAACAUUAGCACAAAGUGGAUCUUUCAAACCUGCUCGGCCUCCUCCUCCUUCCAGAGAUUCCUUCAUGUCCACCUUGUCCACAUGA